AUGGCGUCUGCUCUGAACUCUGCGCCAACGGCGAAUGCCUCUGGCAAUGCCAACUCUGGCUCUCACUCUGGCCGAUCUACCUUGAGACCUUCCAACAGUACUAAGGGGUCUGACAACCGCCGCCAGUCUGGUAGCCCUGUCGAUGGUGGUGCACGACGCUCCAACUCCCACAAGGCCUGGACCCAAGGCACCAACCCUAUCACCCAACGAUCCUCCCACUCCACAUCCAACGGAAACAUGGCCCACCGGGGACAGUCUGGCUCUCCACGGCCAAACCAGAAGGAGUCGAACACUCCUGACAGCCAUGCCCAUGAUCGCCUGGUGUUCUUGUUUGCCAGCUUCAUUGGUCUCCAAACCACCAUUACUACCAAGGCCGGAGAGAAGUUCAGCGGUAUCUUUUCUAACUCAACCCUGGAAUCGAAUGACUCGUCCUUCACGCUCAAGAUGGUCCAGCGCGCUGACCAAGAGGACCAACUCCAAACAAAUGGCGUGAGUGACGUCGCGACCCCGUAUCUGGGUACCGGCCCCGACCACAACUUGCAGUUUGACAUCCGGGAGAUUGUGGACAUCUCUGUCCCGAAUGUUACUACUGCCGAAAUCUCGGCCAAGGAGCCCAAUGGUGCUUCUCAGGGAUUCAGGACCGAUAGCGAUAUCUCUGGAAACCUCGCCAUGCGCGAGCGUACAUUACAGCGCUGGGAACCCGCCGAGAGCGAUGUUCAUAUGUCCAUUGAAACUAGUAACAGCACCGCCGGAUGGGAUCAGUUCGAGGCAAACGAACGGCUCUUCGGCACUAAGACCAACUACGAUGAGAACGUCUAUACCACUCGUCUCGACCGCAGCACUCCUACAUACACAGCAGAGCUGGAGAGGGCAUCUCGUAUCGCGGCUGAGAUUGAGGGCACCGCUUCGGACAACUCUCAUAUGCGUGAGGAGCGCGGCCUAGUGGCACCCGCCACUGGCGAUCAAGACGAAGAGGACAAGUACAGUGGUGUUCGCCGCGAGGAGAAGGCUUUCCCUCCUCUGCUUUCCGCUGCUCCCCAGCCUCCUACACUCCCCAACGCACCUCCCAAGCAGGCCGCUGCCACUACAUCUGCUGCUCCCGUUAUGAAGGAGGAUGCAUCCACAGACCAGCAGCCUGAGCCGACCACGUUGCAACCCUCUGCCGAAAUCGAGGGUGGGAGCGCCUCAGCUAAGGCUCUCUCGCCUGCGCCUCCCGCAGCCAAGCGACCUUCUGCCGAAAAUGCCACUGCGAAUGUGGAGGCAGAGGUGCUGGAUCAUUUCCGCCAGUUUGCCAACAGCGAGAAGCUCAAGAUGCAAGAGCGCCGUCGCAACCAGGCCUCGUACGAUCGCACCGUCAAACUCAACGAGCUGAUGAAAUUCUCGAAGAGCUUUAAGCUUUCCACUCCUGUGCCAAAGGACCUUGUACCAAUUCUGGCUAAGGACCGCAUGAAGCAAGAGGAAAUCAUUCAACGGGCCCAGCAAGCUCAGCAACAGGGGGUUGAUGACAAGGGUAUGCCUAAAACUACUUCCCCUCCCACCGAACCGAAGCCUCCUGCUCGUGGUACUGGGCCUACUGGUGCUGUCCCUCCUGUUGCUCCGGCUGAUCGCCAGAACUACCAACGCUCUCGACAGGGCUACCCUCCCACUGGCCCGCUUGCUGGACCUAACGCAGACAACCUGCAGCAGCGGAAGGGCGCUGGAAUGGCUCCUGUUCCUGCUCCGCUUCCAAUCCAGGAUGCCCGUGGGCCUCCCACCGGUCCUGCUAGCGACCAGCACAAGAUCGCCAGCCCUGUCAAGCCGCAGGGACCUGGAUCUUCUGCAUCCAGCAAGUUCAACGUUCGGGCUAUGGAGUUCAAGCCGAACCCUGCGGCGAGCACUUUCACCCCCGGCGGUGCUCCCUCUACCGCUACUGCGAGCCCGCGGCCUUUCUCUCGUAGCCGUUCCGUGUCUCGCACCUCCACUCCCACCGCCUUCUUUGGUCCACGGAAGCUUCAGCCAAUCUCGGAGCGACCUUCUCUCAAUGACCAGUUCAAUCCAAUCAAGCGCAUGAAGAAGGAGAGUUCAGCACAGGCCGAGAAGCCAUACAGCUUCAAUGAUGGAAUUCCUCCUCCGUACAAGACUUUGCCCACCUGGGAUACCAUGGAGGGUAACGAGGAAAAGACAUAUGAUCAAAUGUUCAAGCAACCCAUCGUGACAGCUUCGUCUCAGGGACGCUCCGUAUCCAACAAUCCCAAUAUCCCCCAGCAGCACCAGAUGCCUUUCCACUUCCAGCAAGGAAACCCCGGUCUCCCUGCUUCUGGUGGUCCCAAUGGCGGACACCUCCAUCCUCAGGGUCAUCACGGCCCCCCCUCACGUCGAUGA